CUCCUUUCACCUCAUCUCACUCACUCACUCCUUAGUAAGUUAUCAGUUCAGUCCAGAUGAGACGCAUCGCAUUUAAAUAGUGUCUUCUCAUCUGUAAAGAAGUGGACGUGGAACCACACAAGCCAGCAUGCGUACUCGCUCACUCUCUGCAUCAAUAUCGGACGCAGAAUGACGCCAACCGUAUGCCCCUGUCGCGCCCGGCUUUGCCCAGUGGCAGCCCCCCCCCCCAGGUGUUCGUCUCAUCAAUCCGUCCGUAUCGUCGCGCGCGAGUCUUUUCCUCCCCCAAAGGCCCAUCCUUUGCGCCACCGUCACCAAACCACAGUUUGUGUUCCUGAUUUCAUUCCAGACCCUACCUACUACUUUCGUCACCCUCGCGAUGGGGUUAGAGGGGGAAAAACCAACCAUGGAGAAGGCAGGAAGGCAGGACCUUUUGCUUUCCCGGGGGGCCCUUUUGACAAGCAUACACACCCCAGCCAAUAUUGUAGGCUAAGCUUAUGCGCUGCCGCCACACUCCCAGCGAUGAUCUCGCCAAUUUGGAUUGCUUGUCCGACACCGUAUGCCGUCAUGGCCUCCUCGCCUUACACUGCAAUCCCUCUUUCCUCGUGCAGCGUGAUAAUAGAAGACGAAAGGAAAUAGGAGAAAAUCGGGCUUAAAUCCCCACGUCGGCAACCUUUGUUGGCCAUACGGAGGAAGAUUAUCGUCAUCUCAACCCCAUCAUCGUCGGACACUUAUUGAACAACUGCCUCUGUCUCAUCAUGUCCGUCGCUUUGCGGACCGUGGGCUCAGUACUGGCCGAUGAGCUCCAUUGCUUGUUCACCACUUUCUCGCCCGUGUUCAACGCCGUGGCAUGGUACUCGUACCUUACCAAUGCCGUCGAUGACAUCGCGGUGAUUGGAGGCAUAGUCCCCAAGCCCACCCCCGGGCCCGAGAAGGCGAGCCCCGUCUUCGAUGCCUUUGUGAGCUACUCGCUCGAGUUCGCUUUCUUCCCGGACUUUGCCGGAAACACUUCCUCGCCGAACACGUUCUCGGACAAUCUGCUCGCCAACCUGGGCGCCCUGCAAGGCGUCCGCCCGUACAUCCGCGUGGGGGGGAACACACAGGACUACGCCCUGUACGACGAGUCGCUCCCGUAUGCCGUCGACGGCACGUACGACUUGGAGAGAUCGAGGGACUAUCCGACCACCAUCGUCAUCGGCCCUUCCUUCUUCGAAUCCUACGGCACCCUGGCCGACACAAAAUUCACCCACGGUUUCAACCUCGGCCUGGGCGCCAACCGCUCCGAAGGGUGGGAGACCCUCAAGGCCACCGUGCCGCUGGCGUGCCGAGCCAUCGGCAAGGAUAACCUGGACGUCUGGGAGUACGGCAACGAGCCGGACCUCUUCUCCACCUCGGCCCAGGGUCCCGUGCGGUCCUCGUCGACCUGGGACGAGGCCGCCUACGUUGAGCAGUGGCUCAACGGCACCCGCGAGAUCGCCAACGUCCUCGCCGAAGCGUGCCCGGACUUCCCCGCCCCCGUCUUCAUGGCGCCCUCCAAUGCGGGGACCGCCAACGCGCUCCGCGCGCCCGCGCAGUGGGCCGCCGGCCUCAACGCCGACGCCAACGUCGCCGUCUUCUCCACCCACAACUACAUCAGCGGCGCCGAGAGCCCCGGUGUCACCCUCACGGGCACGCUGAUGAACCACACCCGGACGGUGCGGUCCGUCCAGGCCCACGUGAGCGAGUAUGCCAACCUCACCACCCGCUUCGAUGACGUCCCGCCGCACAUCCUCGGGGAGCACAACUCGCUCUACAACCAGGGCAAGCCGGGCCUAUCCAACUCCUUCGGUGCCGCCCUCUGGGGCGUCGACUUCAACCUCUACGCCGCCUCGCAGGGGAUCAAGCGUAGCCAUAUGCACAUGGGGACCGACUACAGGUACCAAAGCUGGCAGCCCGUCACCACAGAGACGACCCCCAUCGGCACCAAGGCGCCUUACUACGGCAACAUCGCCGUCGCCGCCUUUCUCGCACCUCCCAAAGACGCCGCCUCCUCCUCCUCCUCCUCCUCCUCCUCCUCCUCCUCCUCCUCCUCCUCCUCCUCCUCCUCCGUCCCUGUCUCCGUCGCCCACAUCCCGCUUGACACCGACAACGAGCUGGCCGCCGCCUACGCCGCCUACCACGGCGACACGCUCGCCCGCAUCCUUGUCGUCAACCUGAGCCCCUACAACUCAACCGUCAACGGCACCGGCACCACCCCUGCCCUGAGCCCCGGCGGCCGCAGCAUCUCCGGCUACAGCUUCGAGGUGCCCUGGGACACGGGGCUCGCCACCGUCCGCCGACUGCGCGCCAACGGCAGCGACGCCGUCACGGGCAUCACGUGGGACGGCUGGAGCUACAACCACGAGCUCGACGGCGGCCGGCCCGUCCGGCUGGACAACGUGACCGUCGGGGAGUACGCCCUGGUCUCGAACGGCCAGGUGGCGUUCACCGCCGCCGCGAGCGAGGUCGUCAUCGUCAGCCCCGUCGGCGGGUGUAGGAAGAAGCGUUCCUGA